CGUAAAAAUGUGGUGGCAAUGGACUUUUUUCGUCACCUUGACUAUCUUAUCAACAACCAAAAAGUUGAGAUUCACAUCAAAUUGUAUAUGAAUGAAUAAAUCUAUUGAAACAGAGAGUGUGGAAACGAGAACAUGACAGUGGAUACAGUUAGUUGGCCGCUAUUAAUUGGUGUCCCAUUGUUGGUGCUUUGGCAAAUUUUCUUGGACCAGACGCUCUCUUGGGUUAUAGCCCUCCUGAAUAAGCGAUCGUGCUCUCCAAGAGAAACUGAAAUCCGAGAAGAGAUCAGGAGCCUUAAGAAAACUCAGGAUGGGAUUUCAAUGAUGGAUGAAUUUGCAAAACAUGCAAAAAUAGAAAGACGAUUGAUUAAGCUCAAAGCCGCCUUGCAAGAACUGCAGAGUGAUCGAAUUUCUCAAACCAAGAUGUCGUAUCGAGCUUUUCAAAUUACGUUUUAUGCCAUAACGGGUCUUCUUUUUCUAUUUAUAUUCUUCACCUACGGCAGCGAACCUGUGGUCAUCUUCAAUGAAUCUCACCCAUUUUACCCUUUCCACUUGCUCAUGUCUUAUCCCACGGGUCUCAGUGGGGCCAUUGGGAUUCCAUUCUGGACCUUGAUCUGUAGAAGUGCAAUCCCUUGUCUAUUCAAAACCAAGUCUUGAAUGGUCGGAGUCGGCGCAAAACUUUUUUUCAAAUCUGAUGUUGUUACAGGAUUCUGAUGAGGAAAAAGGAAUUUAUUCUUAUGUAACAAAUUGUGAAUGAACCAUAAUAAAAAGUUUAAGAAUGCACAA